GUGGUGUCAGUUACGACUUGAACCGCGUCAGUAAAGCACAUCUCGACACAUGAUGUUGUCGGCUCUCGCUAUAAUUUUAAGUGUACUACAGUUAUGUAGUGCCGAAACUAGCACGAUUGCAAAAAGUUACAAGUUCCCGGAGACACAGAUUUUAACGAACAAUUUGUGGCACGAUACUGCGAAAUUGGUAUACGCUCGUUGCAACGCGACGGAGCCAGAGUCAGGUAAGCGAUGUAUUGUCGGAUUGAAUCUCGAUGCCAGCAACAAUUUUACGGAACUGACGGACGAAUGUAAAAUAACUCUCAAACCUGAGAUGCCGAACGCACAGAUAAGUAAUGUGUUUUGGGUGUACGGAUUUGGAAAGGACAAGGCUAUUCUGGUUUGGCUAGAGACGCUGAAAGAUUCAAGUUCGCGAAAUGAUUCUGGAUCUUUAACGCUAAAAACAAGUGUGAUUCAUAUACUUGAUAAUUGCCAGGUCUUCGAUGCCAAGGUGCACGAGUACGCAGAGCAGCAAAUUGAUUUCAGUUGUUUGAACCUGAAUGUUAUUAUAUUCAAUGAUUACUACGAAUUCACUCUCAAAAACGUAACUAACAACUGUACACCUGGGUCUGAAUGCCCUAUAGAAUAUGGUAUUUUUAAGUUUGAUGCAAAGGCUAAGAAACUGUCUGGUCCUGAUCAUUGGCCUACUCCACUUUUCAAUAAUGAAACUGCUGUCAGUAUUGUAAUGCCAGUUGAACCUCGAAGCCCCUCAAAUGGCUAUUUUAUUGUCAAUCAUGAUUAUUUCAAAUUAGUUACUUAUCUCGUCACUAAGGAUUCAAAUGAUUACAAAAAAAAGAUGCUGUGGGAAUCGCCAUACGUUGAUUCCGAUUGGUUUAGUGUCUUCUCAAUGGCCAACAAAGCAAUGGGUUGGUGUUACAACGUCGUCAAAACAAAUUCGAGCUUCUCUUGCUGUCGCUGGGAUCAAGCAGGUGUGAUCAACAUGAAAACGCAGUUCGAAAUCGAAUUACCAAACAAAAGAUAUCUCCAAGCUGUUCAUAAUCUGCAACAAGGUGAACUUCUAGUAAUGACAUCAACUUCACCGAUGUGUGGUUGUCCCGAUGUCGACGACGAGCGUUUCUUCAUGAUGAAAGUUACUGAAAAAGGUCCAGUAGGCUCACUGGAGUUCAAAUUAGAACCGAGAUGCACUACUGAUAAAAGUGAUAUCAUUUUAAAAUUGUUCGAGAAUGAUAAAGGUCAAUACUGUGUUAUUCAAAUUUGUGAGAGUAAAUUCCAGCACCCUACUCGUCUUAAUACUCUUGUACGAUGUUUCUCCAGUGACGAGUUGUCGAAAUGUAUGAACUGCUUGUAAAAUGAAAUAAAAUCUCGCUUAGCCAUAUACAAUACUCUUA